AUUGGGUUUAGGGUUUUGUUGAGGCGCGAUGAGCGGCAAAUGCGAUGAGUGUGGGCAGAGCGCCGCCAAGUACAAGUGCCCCGGCUGCGGCUUGCGCUCGUGCGGCUUACCCUGUGUGAAAGCGCACAAGGCUCGAAUCGGCUGCACUGGGAAGCGCGAUCCGACAGCGUUUGUGAAAAUCUCGGAUUUCGAUGACAAUCGGAUCAUGUCGGAUUAUAAUUUUCUCGAGGAGGCUCUGAGAGUGGCUGAUGUUGCGAAGCGAUCGAAAUAUAAGUCUUUUGUGGGAGGCCGCAAGCCGGGCGUGUUGAAGGAGCUGAUCUACCAGGCUCGCUUUCGCAAAACCAAGUUUGUUCACAUGGCAAAUGGAAUGUCGAGAAGGAUAGCUAAUACCACGUACUUCAACAGGAAGCGGAAGUGCAUGUACUGGAGAGUUGAAUGGAUCUUUCAUUCCACCGACAUUCGCCUUGUUGACGAGAAUUUGGACGAGCAUGUCAACCUUGGUACUGUGCUUGAGAAACAUUUAUCGCCCCAGUCGCACAGUCCGACUGCUCGACACCAAUUGCGGGAGUUUUUGCAGCAACCAGUAGAUCAGCUGAAGCUUCUCUUCAAGAAAGAGCUCGAUGAUGUAAGAACUUGUGUGUGUGUUUUGUAUCCGGUUGCUAAUUCUGGUAACCAUCAGGCCAAAGAAUCGUACUACGAGCUAAACAUCAACGAAUCUCUUCGCCAGCAGCUUUCUUUCAAGACAGUAUUGGAGUUUCCAGAGAUCAGGGUCGUGCUGCCGUCCGAUAUAGACAGGUUUUCCAUGGUAGAAGAAGAGCCGAAGCCCGUCAAGCUUGCUGUUUCGCCUGUUAAAUCAGUGGCGGAAGAGUUGGUCGAGCAAACUGGUAAGACGUUUCGAGAAGAGGAAAUCAAGGACGAAGAGCAGGACAAAGAGCAGGACGAUAUGAAAAUGUAUGAUUUCCUCGGAGAUCUACCAGGACAGGCAGACUUGCUAUGGAAAAGUAUGGAGGUCCAGCCGCCAAGUUUGAUGAAUGACGUGGAAGACGGAGAACUCUCGGGCUAGUUUCUGGGACGCACAGGCUUUCUUUUCCAAAAGUUUUGUAGAAUUCGCAUUAGAGUUCGAUGAAAGCAAAGAGAACAGAUGAGAUGAA